AUGAUGACUUCUUCCACAAGAAAGCAACUACAGGGUUCAAGGCCUGCGCCACUAAUGGUGAACAAGAACUACUCUGCGAAGAUCAAGAGAUCGUUAUCGCGGAAAGGUCGUCGAUCUCCGGUUAUUAUAUAUUUAAAAUCACCCGAUAUUAUUCAUGUUCGACCCGAGGAAUUUAUGGGUCUUGUUCAACGUCUUACUGGCCGGAAACAAGACCAUAGCUCAACUCAUUUAUCUACUUCUACAAGUACUGCUUGUGAAACAAUGGUGGACUAUGUUAAUGGUGAUGAAAGACUGGAGAGCAAGAUCAGUCGGCAAGAAUUAGAUAGUUCUAUUGUUUUGAAUAUUUAUACCCAGGAAGAUUGGACCAUACGACACUCUCCAGACAAGGGAGAGUGUGAAGUGAACCAACCCGAGUAUGUACUACGUUCAGAAGCAGAUUAA